AUGGGUGCUUCUAUAGCACUGAGGACAGAAUGUCUCUCGGAUCUGAAGCCGCGCCUGCCUGUCAAAGUUCCCAAGGCGGCUGGGCCAAGGCGCAGGAAAAUGGCGACUUUCGGUGCCCGGCUGCGAGGAGUCUUGUGCUGGGCUGGAUUGGGACUAUGCGGGAUAGUGGUGCUUCUGCUGGUCGCGAUGCUCCUCCGAGCCUAUGGGACGCGACCUUCCAGCCCGGCCAUAGGGCUGCGGGAAGAACAGCAGCAGGAGCGGCAGCGGCGAGUGGAAGCUGCCUUUAGCUCCCGCGAGUUGGAGGAACUCAAGGAGGUGCUCCAAGGUGCUGUCAGAAUACAAACAGUUUCCUUCUCACCAGAUAAUCAGAAUAUAACAGCCCUGGAAGAAUUUGAACCAUAUAUUUACAAAGCUUUUCCUGCAGUGUUUUCUACCUCAUUCAUUCAACAUGAAAUUAUCGGAGAUUACAGCCACUUAUUCACCAUCCAGGGAUCUAACCCUCAGUUACAGCCAUAUAUGCUGCUUGCACAUAUAGAUGUAGUCCCAGCAUACCCUGAUGGAUGGGAUGUCAGUGAUCCCUUUUCUGCUGAGGAACGUGAUGGAUUUAUAUAUGGAAGAGGAACACUAGAUAAUAAAAACUCAGUUAUGGGCAUUCUGCACGCUCUAGAGUUUUUACUGAGACGAAAUUACAGACCACAAAGAUCUUUCUAUAUAGGCCUUGGUCAUGAUGAAGAGGUGGGUGGCAAAAAAGGAGCAAUGAAAAUUGUGGCUGAGCUGGAAUCUAGAGGGGUACAACUUUCUUUUGUGCUUGAUGAAGGAAGCUUUAUUUUUGAUGGAGUCAUCCCUAAAAUAGAGAAACCAGUAGCUGUAAUAGGUAUCACAGAAAAGGGUGCACUUGAUGUAAAUCUCAGUGUAACAUCUCAAGUUGGCCAUUCUUCUACACCCCCUAAGAGGACCAGCAUUGGUAUUCUUUCUGAAGCAUUAUACAAGUUGGAAACGCAGCCUAUGCCCAAUUUGUUUGGUCAUGGACCUGAAAUCAUGAUGUUUGAACAACUGGUACCAGUGUUCGGCUUCCCCCUCAAUAUCAUCAUGGCAAAUCUGUGGCUCUUCGGACCUCUUGUUGGCUGGUUUCUUGAGCAAACUCCUGGCACUAAUGCUUUAGUUCGGACCACCACUGCAAUCACCAUGUUUCAUGCAGGAAUAAAGUCAAAUGUUAUUCCACCAAAAGCUGAUGCCACAGUGAAUUUCCGCAUCCACUCAUCACAAACCGUUGAGGAGGUCCUGGAAAUAUUAGACAAAACAAUUAAUGAUAAGAGAGUGAAGAUAGAAGUGAUGGAUACCUUUGAUCCACCCCCUGUUAGCCCCUGGGACGACCAGACCUUCGCUGUACGGGUCUUCCGCCAGACCACCCUGGAUGUUUUCCCAGAUGUUGCCAGUGUAGCUCCAGGCAUUUGUGUUGGAAACACUGAUAGCAGGCACUACAGCAGCCUCACAAAGGCUAUUUAUCGAUUUAACCCAGUAACUUUUAAAGCUGAUGAUUUGCCAAGAUUCCAUGGGCUGAAUGAAAGGAUCUCUAUGGAAGUUUAUGCAAAGCAAGUGGAAUUUUUCUUUCAACUAAUUCAAAAUUGUGAUUUGAACCAACCCACAGAGCCACAUGCAAACCUUCACGAGCUAUAGAAACAAGAAAAUAUAAAGGCUUGUGGGAGUUGUUAGAAAUCUGAACUAUUCAAAGCAGCAGUGUUCUAUGUUGUCCUCAGUGCCCAAACUUCAUUACUGUGUUAGAGAUUUAAAGUAAUAACACAACCUAGUUGCACUGCAAGUUGUUGUGAAACAAACUAUUAAACAUAACAAUUCAACAAAUUAUUCUGAACUAUACAAAGAAAUUAUGUUUCAGACUAGCUGUA